AUGAAGUUCAGCGCCAUUCUCCUCUCUUUUGCUGCCGUUGCAGUCGCCUCUGUUGCUGAGCCUGUGGCCGAGCCUGUGGCUGCGGCUGAGCCCAUCACCACUGCCGAGGCUGAGAACCCUGCUGACAUCCACAAGCUCAAGGAGAUGAUCCACGCAAAGAAGUGUGCCAAGGUGGCCCACAAGUGCCCUCCUCCCUCUCCCAAGUGCGUCACCGUUACCAAGACUGUGAACAAGACCGUCACCAAGACCGCCCAGGCCAAGAACCACUGCCAGACCCCCCAGCAGAAGUGCGGUAAGAACGGUUGCUAA